GGAAGUUCACGUUUUUUUGCUUUUGCAACCAAAUAAAAUUAGUUUUUUACGACUUCAACGCGAGAAUUUGUUAGCUGAAACAACAGACAUGUUACAGCAUAUUCAAACAACCUUGUCGAAGUGCAUUUAUCACAAUCUUAUCCCCAAGAAAAGAUUAUGUAGCGAAUCGGUGGUUCAAAUUUCACGAGUUUUGUCCUGCGUACAGGGUAUUCCAAAAACCAUGCAGGCGAGAUAUUUGGUGUACUGCAGGGUAACGAAGAAUUCUCCACAUGUCUCUUUGAGCGUUUUCAGGGAGGAUCCUUUCAAGAACAUAUUGAGCAUACCGGUAGAUGGGAAUGGAAAGAAUGAUAGAAGGCAAGGACGAAAAGAUGCAGGUGGAAACUCCUGUGGGCCACUGCUUGCUAUGGGAGCCUUCUCACUCUUUGGUCUGUUCAAGAAGGAGGAAAUUAACAACACGGUGGUUAAGAUUCACCAAGCUCGCAUUGCACAUGAGGAAUUGAAAUUUGAGGAGGCAGAAAGACUUUAUCAUGAAGCACUUGAUCUCCUGAUUGAAGACAGAAAAGGUAUGGCCCUUGAAGAGAAAGAGUUUCUUGAGAAGCGAACUGUGAUUAUCAAUGGUUUAGCAAACCUUGCUCUCAUUUCUGGCCGUAUUCGUGUAGCUGAGGAACUUUUUAAAGAUUGUAUGAAAGGGAUGAUAUUGUGUGGAAUGGAACAGACUGACAAUGCAAUUGUGGAAUGCUCAUUGAAAAUCUCAAAUGUUUAUGCUCAGCAGAAACGAUUUGCUGAAGCAAUGGCAGGUUAUAAAUUUUGUGUUAGAACUCAGGAGAAAAAGUUGACUGACAAGGAAGCUGAAGCAGUGGAUGUGGAUACUCUAGCAUUGUAUGGAUUGAGUUUGGACAACUAUGCCAGGUUUUUGAUUUCAAGGAAAGAAUUCGCAGAGGCUGAAAAAUGCUUAAAACAGGCUCUGGUUGUGUCUGAGCAGCUAAGUCUGAUGGGUGAGGAGGCUGAACAAAUCACUUUGGUGAUUCUGAACAAUUUAGCAACCCUUUUCCUGCAUAGGAAUGAUUAUGAUAACGCUCAGAAAAACAUGGAAAGAGCUGUCAGUCUUGCUGAAAAGGCUAAGUUGCCAGAGUUGGCUGCGUACUACUGUAAUCUUGGCUCAAUUUAUGUAUACAAAUCGAGGUUUGAUGAGGCAGCCAAACUCUGCCAAAUGUCAAAGAGUCUUGCUGCGAAGAGAAAGGACAGUGAAACUGUGUCCAUGGCUGAUUUAUGCCUCCAGGAAAUAGACACUCAAAAAAAGAAAUUAAAAAAGAAAUGAAGUGAAAUGGCGGUCUCAACAGACUGUUCACAAUACUGCUUAUGUAUUUCAAGUACAGUAUGUGCAUGUAUUCAAUGACUGGGUGCAGCACUACACAGGGGAGUAAAAGGAAUUGCUAGUUUGUAACUUUCCUUGUGGCUUGAUGACUGUUUCUUGAACCCUGUAUGCUUGUAAGGUACAAUAUGAUCAGUUUGAUAAAGACGUUUUUAGAUAGA